AUGGGAGUGGCUUUAGUGUGCCUCGAGCGGCAGCGCACGGAGCCGCCGCGCGACCCGCAGCAGGCCGAGCAGGCGCUCGCCGCGCACAACGAGAGCGUGGCCAGGAUGCAGCACGCCACCUACCAGGUGGUGCAACAAGGGCAGGAGUUGGCAGCAGCGAUUGCCGAGGCGGCGGAUGUGAUGGCAGCAGGGAGCGCUGACGGCGCGGACCCGGCGCCUCUCGACUCGCAGGCGCGGGUGCAACUGCUGCUCGAAUUCCUGCACGACCGCCAGCUUGACUUGGAAGAGCUGGCCGAGGAGCGCCGAGCGCGCUUCGAGCAGUGCGUGCAGCUGGGUCAAUUCCAAAAGGACGCCGCCCAAGUGGUCAGCUGGAUACGCAACGGCGAGGCCAUGCUGGCAGCCUCAUUCUCCAUCCCAGGCACGCUGGCCGAGGCGGAGCAGCUGAAGCGCGAGCACGACCAGUUCCAGGUGGCCGUGGAGAAGACGCACGCCAGCGCCGUGCAGGUCAAGUACCGCGCGGACGCGCUGCGAGCUGCUAACCACUACGAUCCGCAUACGAUCAGAGAAAUCUCCGAAGAAGUGACCGAGCGCUGGCAGCGCCUAGUGACCUGCGCAGAAGAGCGCCACAAGCUAGUGACGGCUUCUCUGAACUUCUACAAGACGGCGGAGCAGGUGUGCUCGGUACUCGACUCGCUGGAGCGCGAGUACCGACGCGACGAAGACUGGUGCGGGUCAGCCGCUGCGCCCGCUACCGACGAGCCGGCGCAGGCGGCGGCCAUUGAUAAGGCUGCACAGGUGGCCGCACUGAUAGUGAAACACGGCGAGCAGAAGGAGGCCUUCCUGAAGGCCUGUACUCUCGCGCGGCGUACGGCCGAGACCUUCCUGAAGUACGCGGCUCGCUCGGCCCAGGUGCACGGCCAGACGCCCGCCGCCAGCAAGGCGCACCACGAGCAGACGCGCGCCAUCCUCGAUACGUUGCUGGCGCAGGAGAACAAGGUAUUGGAGCACUGGACAGUGCGUAAGAAGCGGCUCGAGCAGUGCCAGCAGUUCGCUCUGUUCGAGCGGUCUGCGCGCGCGGCGGUGGAAUGGAUCCGGGAGACGCAGGAGCGUUGCGGCGCGGCGGCGGCGGCGGCGGCGGCCGGCGUGGCGCGCGAGAGCCGCGAGCGCGUGCGCCUGCUCGCGCAGCUGGCCGACGGGCUCGUGGAGAAGGGACACCCGCACGCCGUGCAGAUCAAGGAGUGGGUCGCUGCCGUCGAUGCUAGAUAUGCCGAGUUCAGCGGCUCGAUGGAAGGCGGCGAGAGCGAGGCGGAGAGCGACUCGGGCGUGGCGCCGUCGCUGGCCUCCUCGCAGUCGGCGGAGAACGAGCGCCAGGAGCCCCAGCCCACAGCCGCUGGCGAUGACAAGCGCCGCAGCGCUCGCCGCAAAGAGUUCAUAAUGGCGGAGCUGCUGCAGACGGAGCGCGCCUACGUGAAGGACCUGGAGACCUGCAUCACGUGCUACCUGCGUGAGAUGCGCACGGACCCCGGCGCCGUGCCCGCGCCGCUACAGGGGAAGGAGGAGCUGAUAUUCGGCAACAUCGAGGAGAUCCACCGCUUCCACGAGCGCGUGUUCCUGCGCGAGCUGGACAAGUACGAGUCCAUGCCGGAGGACGUGGGCCAUUGCUUCGUGACGUGGGCGCGCGAGUUCGACAUGUACGUCGCGUAUUGCCGCAACAAGCCCGACAGCAACGCGGCCGUCGUGCAGUACGCGGGCGACUACUUCGACAGGGUACAACGUAAGAAGAAGUUGGAACAUCCUCUGGCGGCGUACCUAAUAAAGCCCGUGCAAAGGAUAACCAAAUACCAGCUGCUGUUGAAGGACCUUCAGGCCUGCUGCGCCGAGGGACAGGGCGAAAUCAAGGACGGUCUGGAGGUUAUGUUAUCGGUGCCCAAGAAGGCAAACGAUGCAAUGCACCUGUCGCUCCUGGAAGGCUGCGACGUGCCCACGGACAGCCUGGGCGAGGUGGUCCUCCAGGACUCGUUCCACGUGUGGGACCUGCGCCAGAUCAUAAAGAAGGGCCGCGAGCGGAGGGUGUUCCUCUUCGACCUUCAUCUGCUGCUCGCCAAAGAAGUCAAAGACUCGCACGGCAAAGCGAAAUACAUUUACAAGACAAAAUUCAUGACAUCAGAGUUGGGCGUGACGGAGCACAUAGAAGGGGAUGAGUGCAAGUUCUCUGUGUGGACGGGUCGGCAGCCCAUGGCGAGCGACUGCCGCAUCGUGCUCAAGGCGCCCUCGCUCGAGGUCAAGCAGACCUGGGUGCGACGCCUGAGGGAGGUCAUCCAGGAAACGUACUUCAGUGUAGCCCUACAACAAACGCCGCGCAGCCCUGCCCGCGUGCGGCCGACUAGUUCGCAGCGAUCGAGCAGGGACUUGGACGACACUCUACUAGAUGACACUACAGACCGCAACUCGCUGGCAUCCUUCGGAAGCGGAAACACCACCGACUCAGAUAAGGCGGAGAUGACGUGGGUGGUGUGCGAGCACCAAUCAGCUGGCGCCGGCGAGCUCUCCGUGAGCAAGGGGCAGCAGGUGGAGGUGGUGGAGCCGUGGGCGGCGCGCGCCGACUGGUGGGUAGUGCGCGCGCCCGGCGAGCCGCCGCUCGAGGGCGCUGUGCCGGCGCACGUGCUGAAGCCGCAGCCGCACCAGAAGACGUCGCCGAGCCGGCGGCCCCUCAGCCAUCCCUGUGAGGAAGGACUAGACGCAUCCAACUCGGACCCGGGCGCGAGUGUCACUGUGGCGAGCCCGGGAAAGCAACGCCGGGGCUUCAGCUCGCGGCGCUGGCUGGGCCUCCGGAAACCUUCCCAGGGAAAGGAAAAAGCUCCAAGUGGAGCUCAGUCCCCGGCUACGGCGGACAAACCAUCACUCAAGAAAAUACCAUCAGACAGAAAGCUUAAGUUGGGCUACACCGACGGCGAGCGCGCCGAUGAAGGCGAGGGCAGCCACAACGCUGCCGCCGCGCUAGAGGAGGUGGAAGACGACGCCGCCGCGCUCGAGCUGCCGCCGCCCAUGAAGCCCAUACAGGACCCGCAGGCCGUCCUCCAGGCCCCCGCGCAACCAGCUGCGGCAUCGAAUCCGUCACGAGCAUCAUUAUCGCUGGAGGCUUUGGAUAGUAACGGCGGCCCGGCCGAUAUUGCCGAGAUAGAGCAAAUCGUUAAGGAAAAAAUGGAACAACAUGGGUGCCCUAACGCGUCGGCUUCGGGCCGGCACGAGGAGGAACAGGUGUCCGAAGAGAGCUACGAGGCCAUGCUGAAGAAGCGCGAGUAUGUGCUACGAGAGCUGGUGGACACUGAGGACAUCUACGUCAGCGACCUGCGCCUCGUCUGCGAGGGGUACAUCAAGCACUUCCAGCUGGCUAACCCGGACCCGCCGAUCCCGGAAGGGCUGCGCGACCGUCGGCACCGCAUGAUAUUCGGCAACAUCGAGGUCAUCUACGAGUGGCAUCGCGACAAGUUCGUGCACGAGCUGCACGAGUGCGUGGCCGCGCCGGAACUACUGGGGCCGCUGUUCCACCGCUUCUUCGAGAAGCGCAUGUUCAUGUACGAGCAAUACUGCCGCAACAAGCCCGUCUCUGAGUACAUCGUCUCCGAGCACGACCACUUCUUCCAGGAGCUCAGGCACAAGCUCGGCCACAAACUACAGCUCGGUGACCUGCUGAUCAAGCCGAUCCAACGCAUCCAGAAGUACCACUUGCUGGUGAAGAAGAUCUUAUCGUACUCCGAGCACGCGCGCGCGAACCCCGACGUGCUGGCGUCGCUGCGCCAGGCCAUGCACUACACAGACAUUAUUCCCAAGAACGCCAACAUGAUGAUGGAUGUCGGCCGCCUGCAAGGAUUCACGGGCAACAUCACGGCGCAGGGCAAGCUGCUGAUGCAGGAGGCGCUGCAGGUGGCCGACCUCAGCUCCAGCAGCGAGAAGGGCAAGGAGCUUCACGUGUUCCUCUUCGAGCAGUGCGUCAUCUUCAGCGAGGCCGUCGGCAAGAAGAACCAGUACACCAGCCCCACCUACAACUACAAGGGACAUGUGCAGAUGAACAAGAUGGAGCUUGAAGAAGUUGAGAACAACACAGCGUUCAUAAUCCACUCGUUGGACCCGAACAAGCCGCGGCAGUCUUAUCUCUGCAAGGGCCCCGAGGCGUCGCUCCAGGAGUGGAUCGCGGCGCUCUCGCGCAUCCUGAACUCGCAGCGAAUGUUCGGCGAGGCGCUCGAGAACCCCAGCGCCUACCUGCGCGAGCUGCAGGGCCACUCCUCCGCGGGCUCGGGGUGGUGCGGGCUGCGUAAGACGGAGAGCGUGCCGCCGUCGGUGGGCGCGCGGCUGGCGCCCGAGCUGCGGCGCACGCAGCGCCCGCACACCAAGGCCAACACCAUCAACCUGCCCACCACCGCCAUCCGCGGCGACGAGCGCAAGAAGAGCGCCAACGUCGCCGCCAACAACGCGGCCGCGCACACCUCGCCGCCGCACGCCAACGGGCUGUCGAAGCGGCCCUGGGGCCUGAAGUUGCGCCGCGGCGGCGGCGGCGGCGCCGGCGAGCCCAGCGCCGAGGGCGUGGUGACGGAGCUGCGCCCGCCCGAGCUGUCCGAGCCCGCCGCCGACGUCACCGUGUCGCCCGGCGCCAGCGCCACGCUGUCGUGCCGCGCCGGCGCCACGCGCGCCUCGGCCUCCUGGCGCAAGACCGCGCCCGAGACCCGCGCGCUGCGCCACGGCGGCCGCUUCGCCAUCGCGCUCGCGCCCGACGGGCUCGCCACCCUCACGAUACACGCGUGCCGCGCGUCCGACGCCGGCGUCUACUGCUGCCUCAUCAGCAACGAGCUGGGCGGCGUGCAGACUUCGGCGCGGCUGACGGUGGGCGCCGGCGGAGCCCCCGGCGUGCCGGCCGUCCGGGCGCAUCCCGGCGGCGGGCUGGUCGUGCAGUGGGACGAGUCGAGCCCCGCGCAUCUCGAAUACUGCCGCGUCGGCGAGGGCGAGUGGCGUCGUGCCACUGAGACCCCGGCGGCCGCCAACACCUUGGCCCUGGAAGAGUUGCCGGCCGGCCAGUACAGCUUCCGCCUGGUGUGCGCCCGGAGCGGGGCCCCCGGGGCGGCGUCGGGCCCGGCCGCGUGCGGCGGCGGCGGCAGCUGGCAGAGGGAACAGUUCGGGAGGAGAUACAGCAUCGAGGAGGAGAUCGGAAGAGGACGCACGGCGCGAGUUCUGGCAGCUCGUGACACUGGAACGGGACAACGAGUCGCCUUGAAACAGGUGCUGGCGGGGCGUGGUGCGGACGCAACGCGCGAAUACCGCAUGCUAUCGCAGUGCGCGCACGGCGGCGUGGUGCGCGCGAUGGCUCUAUUCGCCGACGUGCCGCGAGCGGGCGCGCACACGCUCGUGCUCGAGCUAGUGGGCGGCGGCCCGCUGCUGGACUGGGCGCAGGCGCAUCCCGCGCUGUACACACAGCAAGCGGCCGCACAGCACACGCGACAGCUGCUGUCCGCGCUUGACUACCUGCACGGGAACAAUAUCGCACAUUUAGACGUGAGGUGGGCGGCGGCCCGCUGCUGGACUGGGCGCAGGCGCACCCCGCGCUGUACACACAGCAAGCGGCCGCACAACACACAGCAAGCGGCCGCACAACACACGCGACAGCUGCUGUCCGCGCUUGACUACCUGCACGGGAACAAUAUCGCACAUUUAGACGUGAGGUGGGCGGCGGCCCGCUGCUGGACUGGGCGCAGGCGCACCCCGCGCUGUACACACAGCAAGCGGCCGCACAACACACAGCAAGCGGCCGCACAACACACGCGACAGCUGCUGUCCGCGCUUGACUACCUGCACGGGAACAAUAUAGCACAUUUAGACGUUAGGGCGGCUGCACAACACACGCGACAGCUGCUGUCCGCGCUUGACUACCUGCACGGGAACAAUAUAGCACAUUUAGACGUGAGGGCGGUUGCCCAGCACACGCGACAGCUGCUGUCCGCGCUUGACUACCUGCACGGGAACAAUAUAGCACAUUUAGACGUGAGGGCGGCUGCCCAGCACACGCGACAGCUGCUGUCCGCGCUUGACUACCUGCACGGGAACAAUAUCGCACAUUUAGACGUUAGGCAAGCGGCUGCCCAGCACACACGAAGGCUGCUGUCCGCGCUUGACUACCUGCACGGGAACAAUAUCGCACAUUUAGACGUGAGGGCGGCUGCCCAGCACACACCACAGCUGCUGUCCGCGCUUGACUACCUGCACGGGAACAAUAUCGCACAUUUAGACGUGAGAGCGGCUGCCCAGCACACACCACAGCUGCUGUCCGCGCUUGACUACCUGCACGGGAACAAUAUCGCACAUUUAGACGUGAGAGUGAGUACCUUGGGCGGCGGCCCGCUGCUAAACUGGGCGCAGGCGCACCCCGCGCUGUACACACAGCAAGCGGCCGCACAACACACGCGACAGCUGCUGUCCGCGCUUGACUACCUGCACGGGAACAAUAUAGCACAUUUAGACGUUAGGCCGGAGAACAUUCUAGUAGAGUUAGGCGGCGCCGCGCCCCAAGUGAAGCUGAUCGACCUGGGCUGCGCGGCCGAGGGGGCGGGCGGGGCGGGGGCGGGGCGCGACGUGCUGCCGCCGGCGCCUGCGCAGCUGGAGUUCGCGCCGCCCGAGUGCGUGCUCGGCCGCCCGCCCGCGCCCGCCUGGGACGCUUGGGCGGCCGGCGUGUUUCUAUACGUCUUCCUUACUGGGCGCGACGUGCUGCCGCCGGCGCCUGCGCAGCUGGAGUUCGCGCCGCCCGAGUGCGUGCUCGGCCGCCCGCCCGCGCCCGCCUGGGACGCUUGGGCGGCCGGCGUGUUUCUAUACGUCUUCCUUACUGGGCGCGACGUGCUGCCGCCGGCGCCUGCGCAGCUGGAGUUCGCGCCGCCCGAGUGCGUGCUCGGCCGCCCGCCCGCGCCCGCCUGGGACGCUUGGGCGGCCGGCGUGUUUCUAUACGUCUUCCUUACUGGGCGCGACGUGCUGCCGCCGGCGCCUGCGCAGCUGGAGUUCGCGCCGCCCGAGUGCGUGCUCGGCCGCCCGCCCGCGCCCGCCUGGGACGCUUGGGCGGCCGGCGUGUUUCUAUACGUCUUCCUUACUGGGCGCGACGUGCUGCCGCCGGCGCCUGCGCAGCUGGAGUUCGCGCCGCCCGAGUGCGUGCUCGGCCGCCCGCCCGCGCCCGCCUGGGACGCUUGGGCGGCCGGCGUGUUUCUAUACGUCUUCCUUACUGGGCGCGACGUGCUGCCGCCGGCGCCUGCGCAGCUGGAGUUCGCGCCGCCCGAGUGCGUGCUCGGCCGCCCGCCCGCGCCCGCCUGGGACGCUUGGGCGGCCGGCGUGUUUCUAUACGUCUUCCUUACUGGGCGCGACGUGCUGCCGCCGGCGCCUGCGCAGCUGGAGUUCGCGCCGCCCGAGUGCGUGCUCGGCCGCCCGCCCGCGCCCGCCUGGGACGCUUGGGCGGCCGGCGUGUUUCUAUACGUCUUCCUUACUGGGCGCGACGUGCUGCCGCCGGCGCCUGCGCAGCUGGAGUUCGCGCCGCCCGAGUGCGUGCUCGGCCGCCCGCCCGCGCCCGCCUGGGACGCUUGGGCGGCCGGCGUGUUUCUAUACGUCUUCCUUACUGGGCGCGACGUGCUGCCGCCGGCGCCUGCGCAGCUGGAGUUCGCGCCGCCCGAGUGCGUGCUCGGCCGCCCGCCCGCGCCCGCCUGGGACGCUUGGGCGGCCGGCGUGUUUCUAUACGUCUUCCUUACUGGGCGCGACGUGCUGCCGCCGGCGCCUGCGCAGCUGGAGUUCGCGCCGCCCGAGUGCGUGCUCGGCCGCCCGCCCGCGCCCGCCUGGGACGCUUGGGCGGCCGGCGUGUUUCUAUACGUCUUCCUUACUGGGCGCGACGUGCUGCCGCCCGCGCCUGCUCAGCUGGAGUUCGCGCCGCCCGAGUGCGUGCUCGGCCGCCCGCCCGCGCCCGCCUGGGACGCUUGGGCGGCCGGCGUGUUUCUAUACGUGUUCCUUACUGGGCGCGACGUGCUGCCGCCGGCGCCUGCGCAGCUGGAGUUCGCGCCGCCCGAGUGCGUGCUCGGCCGCCCGCCCGCGCCCGCCUGGGACGCUUGGGCGGCCGGCGUGUUUCUAUACGUCUUCCUUACUGGGCGCGACGUGCUGCCGCCCGCGCCUGCUCAGCUGGAGUUCGCGCCGCCCGAGUGCGUGCUCGGCCGCCCGCCCGCGCCCGCCUGGGACGCUUGGGCGGCCGGCGUGUUUCUAUACGUGUUCCUUACUGGGGUGAGUAUUCAUCUAUACUAG